AUGGACACGUCUCCAGAGAAAUUCAGCACAGGGAGACUGACUCUCUUGGGAGAGCCACCCCACAGUGCUGUCCUGCGAGAGAAGCCACUCAGACACUGCUGCUUCCUCAGGACCCAGCGGGAAGCCAUGACACCCCUGAUCAUGGAAACCUUAGACGACUGCCUGCUGGAUAAGGUGACCCUGAGGCGCCAGCAGCUCUCGCAGACUGUGGAGGAGGUGCAGAAAGUCAUCUACCACCUGACCACGGAAAUCAGCAACCAGGACAUCCGCUUCCAAGCCAUCCCUUACUCCUCGACGUACAAUGGGAACAUUAAGGUGAUGGCCCCCAGCCAGUUCCUUGUCACAGUCCCAGUGAGAGGCCUGGCCGGGUACAGGGAGGCCAAGGAGCAGCGCUGGCGGUACUACACCCUGCAGGGCACCCGGCUCGCCUGCCCCUUGCGGAACCCGGAGGGCCUGCAGCAGUGGCUGGAGGUGCAGCAGUUCACGAGGAGCCUGUGGCAGUGGCACAAGGCAGAUGUGAACAUUGAGGGAGACAUUGUGCCCGCCAAGGUCCUCCAGGUGUUCCGGAAACUGGUAGAAAACGCAAUUGAAACCUGUCACCUGUCAGGAAAGGUCAGCAUGCUAACAAACAGCAUCGCCGUCCGUGUUGCCAUGGGAACAUCUGAAGGCCAGGUGGAGAUAGAGCUGGCCCCCGAGGUGGAGAUCCCCGCCUGGUCCAAGAAAGCCCAGUGGCCUCGGUGUCUGACGCGCUGGCCCACCCCAGAGAGAGUGAAAUGCGUCAAGUCGUUUGGAUUCAGCUUGUUGGCCCAGUCCGGUUAUCACUGGCAGCUGAGCUUCUCGCGGGCCGAGCAGGUGCUGCUGGAGCAGCUGGACGAGGACGGGGGCUGCCGCCGGAGGUGCUUCCAGGCCUUGCGGCAGAUGAAGGAGGACGUCUGGUGCCCGGGCAAGAGGCCUGUCCUCGCAUCCUACCAUCUGCAGACGGUGCUCUUCUGGACCUGCGAGAAGUACCCGCACCCGAAGGACUGGCGGGAGUUCGGCCGGGGGCUCCUGCGCCUGGCGAGGAAGCUGCACAAGUGUGUGAGCGAGCGCUUCCUGAGGCACUUCUUCGUGCGCAGCAGCAACCUCCUGCAGCACGCCAGCGCCCCCGAGCUGGACGCCGUGGCCCAGAGGCUGGCCCUCUUCCUGAGGGACCCCCAGCGCUGCCUGCCCUGAGGCUGCGCCCGCGGGUCUGGGAC